AUGGCUAUGGCGGACAGAAAAAAGGACAUUCAUGGGAAGUACGAGCUCGGCCGCCUCGUCGGCCAUGGCAGCUUCGCAAAAGUCUACCAUGCCAAAAACCUUCAAACGGGCGAAAGCGUGGCCAUUAAAGUCGUAUCGAAAGACAAGGUGAUCAGAGUUGGCAUGACGGAGCAAGUGAAACGAGAAAUAUCAGUCAUGAAGAAAGUGAAUCAUCCAAACAUCGUAAGGAUAUAUGAAGUCAUGGCCACCAAGUCCAAGAUCUACAUCGCCAUGGAAUAUGCUCGCGGCGGUGAAUUAUUCACCAAAAUCUCCAAAGGUCACUUGAGAGAAGACGUUGCUCGAAAUUAUUUCCGCCAACUAAUCUCUGCGGUAGAUUUUUGUCACAGUCGAGGAGUUUUUCACCGUGAUUUGAAGCCGGAGAAUCUCUUGUUAGACGAAGAGGGCAAUCUGAAAGUGACAGAUUUUGGAUUAUCAGCUUCGUCUGAUGAUUCUGAUCAAUCAAAGCAAGAUAGGCUGUUUCACACAGCGUGUGGGACUCCGGCAUAUGUUGCGCCGGAAGUGAUCGGAAAUAGAGGGAAGAUUCACAAAGGCAAGUUCAAAUGUCCGCCGUGGUUUUCGCCUGAGUCUCGCCGGAUUCUAACCAGAAUGCUCGACCCAAAUCCCAGUACCCGAAUCACAAUCUCGAAGUUGGUCGAAACAGCAUGGUUCAAGGAAGGGAAUCCCAGAAAUUCAAAGAAAAUGAAUGAAGAAGAUGAUAGCCCUCAGGUUGAAGGAAGAGAGGCGACGUCAGAAUCGGAGACGUUGAAUGCGUUUCAUAUCAUUUCGUUGUCUAAAGGGUUUGAUUUAUCGCCAUUGUUUGAGGAGAAGAGGAAGGAGAAAGAGGAGCUGAGGUUUGGAACGGCGAAGCCGGCGAGCAGUGUUAUUUCACGGCUGGAGGAGGUGGCGAAGGCGGCGGAAUUCAUUGUGAAGAAGUGUGAGUCCAGGGUGAGGUUGGAGGGGAUGGACUGUGGUAGGAAAGGCAAGUUGGCGGUUGAGGCGGAGAUGUUUGAGAUGGCACCGCCAUUUAUGGUGGUGGAAGUGAGGAAAGACGGCGGUGAUACGCUUGAGUACAACCAGUUUUUCAGCAAGGAGCUCCGGCCGGCGCUACAGGAUAUUAUAUGGACUGCUGAGAACUCCAUGGCUGCUUGA